AUCAAGCAGCCGCAGGGGGGGAAAAUGGAAAAUGAGAACAAGAAGAAGAUGAAGGAGAGAUUUGGCCUGAGGCGGGACAUUUUUAAGGAGUUCCUGGCGGAAUUUCUGGGGAUAUUUGUCCUGAUACUCUUUGGAUGUGGUUCAGUGGCCCAGACGGUGCUGAGUAAAGGGGCUCUAGGGGAGCCCUUGACCAUCCACAUUGGUUUUACUCUGGGAGUCAUGAUGGCUGUCUACAUGGCAGGGGGAGUGUCAGGAGCCCACGUUAACCCUGCAGUCUCUCUGGCCAUGGUGAUUCUGGGGAAGCUUCCUCUGAAGAAGUUCCCUGUGUAUGUGGUGGCACAGUUCCUGGGGGCUUUUGCUGGAUCCUGUGCUGUCUAUGGGUUGUAUUACGAUGCUUUGAUGGAAUACACCAAUGGAGAAUUUGUUGUUACUGGUGCAAAUGCUACAGCCAACAUAUUUGCAUCUUAUCCUGCAAAACAUCUCUCAGUCCUUAAUGGGUUUGUUGAUCAGGUAAUUGCAACUGGUGCGCUGAUCCUGUGCAUCCUGGCCAUCACUGACAGGAAGAAUAUCGGUGCUCCAAAAGGUAUGGAGCCUCUGUGCAUCGGCCUGAUUAUUAUGGCCAUUGGAGUGUCCAUGGGUCUGAACUGUGGCUAUCCAAUCAACCCAGCACGAGACCUCGGCCCACGGUUCUUCACCGCUGUGGCUGGGUGGGGCAUGGACGUAUUCAGAGCUGGAGGUUGCUGGUGGUGGAUCCCUGUGGCAGGACCCAUGGUGGGCGGAGCAGUUGGAGCAGGCGUUUACUUCCUCUUCAUAGAGUUGCACCACCCUGAGCCUGAAAAACAGGAGGAGAACAAUGUUCAGGACAAAUAUGAAAUGAUAACUAUGAGUUAAAUUUUAGAACAAAGUUUGCAGAGCAAAGCAACAAAGCAGCUGCUUUUCACCCUCAGAAGGCAAAAAAGUUCAGUUUUAUACAUUUCUACAAUUACUGUUCUGAGAGAAUUUACAGUCAGUGGUUUAAUACCAAGCAUGCGUGUGACUACAGCAUUUUACAGUCAUUUUGAAAUAUGCAUGAGUGUUUUAUGAAGCCUUUAUGUCUCUUUUUGUAGAAAGUCUGGUCUAUUUAUAGGUUUCAGGUUUUAUCUGCCAGGGGCUCUUUCAUAUAUCAAAAUAUUAAACUUUCUUGAUAAAUAUGUUCUCUUUAGACAUCAAGCUUUUCGUUUAAUUCCAUGAUAUCAUAACCUUGCAUGGGGAGUUUCCUCUGCAUUAUAGCUAUGCAGUAUUCUUUAUAGUCUCCUAUAUCCUAACUGGAUUCAUCUUCUCUUGUUAGAAAUAUUUGCCAAGUUUCUUUACAGCAUUUUUACUUUACUACUAUCUACCUAACAAACAGGGGCAUUAAAUAUAUGUAGCACUUAGGAAUGCGGAAAUGUAGUAAUUUAUAUUAUUUUUAGUCAGUGUGUUACAGUAAUGUGUGUUUUGUGGAGUGACUUCCUUAUUCUGUUUCACUUCCUUUGCAUGUGCGAUUGAUUGCUUUAUCUUACUAGUCUUUAUAACAUAUUUAUGUAGAAAAUCCAGCCUUAAAUGAUUAUACUGGUUUUGCUUACUUUUUCACUCAUAUCCAUAAUUGUGUGACACACAAACUUGUGUUAUAUUGCUGGAUUACAGAUAUACUCAUUACAGGUACCUUUGAUAUUUAAAAGCCAUAACUUAACAUGCAAGCAUCUGCUUUCUGCAAACACUCACACAAAACAAAGAUUUCUUUUGUUUCAAGCUAAGAAACCUUUGCAAAUGUCACUGAAGUCCUUGAUGAAUUGUGUUUGAGUCAGUGACCAUGCUGUAUCAGGGGGCACAACACUGACUGUAUCUGUUUACAUUAAAAACUCUUCAGAGCUGAGGUAAAAUGUGGAGUAAAUCACACAUUUCUGCUGUGGUUUAGGUUUGAGUUUGAGCUCAAUACUGGAAACUAGACAACAACGUUUUUUUGCAAAAUGAAAUGUAAAAUGAAGGUAUAAAACACUGGACAAUCCUUUAUAUUGAGAUGCACAAUGCUUGUAUCCUGAGAGCAAAGAAAUGUGAAUUUGCAAACACAAACCCAAUGUCAACAUGCUGUGUGUUAGAAUAAUAUGACCCAGCCUGGGUCAUAUUAUUAGUAACAUGCUCCACACAACACUGUCAAACAACAUAGAGGCAUUAUAUUAUAUACAUAUUAAUUGUGAGAUUAUAUUGUACUGCACUGAAUGUCAUUUUACAAUAGCACAGUAUUUUACACUUGUGGACACUUGUUUGGCAACAUGACAAUCACUUAGAUUACCAGGGUUUUUAAUCUCUUUGUUUUACUUUUGUGAAACAAAAAAAAUGUGGCACAAACAUCAAAGAGUGAUUUUGCUGUGACGUCCUGGAUUAAACUUUCACUGCAUCAUUUGGUCCUUCUUUCACCAGAACCAGUUAAACACUAGUGUCUCCAUCACUUCAAACCCUACAUGUGGCCUAGUGCUUCUGUCAUGAGUGGCAGCCUGUCAGGAAGUAACAUUUGAAUCUUUUUGUCUGUUGUUGUUUGUUGCUUAUUUUCAGUUGCUUUUUCUAACAUAGUUUAGUAAC